GGACAUCAGCGGGAGAUAGAAAAUACCAAUGACUCAAGUAAACAAAGACGGUUCCGGUUUAUAGUGGAAUAUAUAGUGGAAUAUGUUUACUGCUCUAGUAUGGCAUUUAUAUUAUUUAGUUAGUUUUAUUACUGUUAAAGAGACGAAUUUUGGUUCUGUUCUAAAUUUCUGUCGGAACAUGUUUUCUGGAGUGUCACGGAUUAAUAAUGCGUAAAUUGAUUAUUUUUUUCUUAACUCAGACGUUUUGCUAAACGUUUUCGAACUAUAAAAGUUGAAAACAGUUAUCUUUUAACGCCGCUUUCUGUUCAGGGAGUAUAAUUAGCUGGAGGAGUGCAAUGCCACCAUGAGCCUCAAGAAUCCAGUCACUAUCCAGCCUUGGAUUGACCUCCUCCUGCAGAAAUACGGCCAGGAAGAGGAGCCGACUUCAGUCAAAGCCCAUGUCAUUGGGUUUGGGAACGUUUCGGGGCUGCAGAAUGAACAGGUGGAAAAUCCAGCAGCAGUUGUCUUCCUCUCGGAUCACCAAGUCUUCAUCCCUGGGAUCAUCACUCGGGAAGCCUGGGAAGAACUGGAAGAGGAGGAAGACUACUGUGCCUUUUUUGAUCUCAAGGAUUAUAUCGUAAUACUGGUCAACUACAGUGUCAUGUUCCAGAUGGAGAAAGAAGAGAGCAAAUGUCAGUUUUUCAUCUUAAUCAAGAGGCUGCGAGCACUGAGGUCUGAGCCAGUCAUACAUGAUGUGCCUAAUUGUAAAACAUUGCCGAGAGUGAAACAGCAGAUAUAUAAACUGUGGAUGUCCUGUGUAGAAGAUGAAGACAGCAUGAAAAACAACAACACAGGUUACUCUUUGACUCAGCUGCUGCAUUAUUUGGAUCAGGAGAAAGUGAAGACCCUGAGGACUAUGGCGAGAAAGUGCUUGGACGGCACAUGUUCCUCCCCUGUGCCCUCCACAUCCAGAGCUGCUCUUCUGCCCCCGACUCCUUGCCCCCCAGCUGACUGGAAGAGCAUCAGGACCCAGGACAAGGGAGAGAGACCCUUCACCAUCCCAGUUUCUCAUCUCAUCAUCCCUGCCAGGCAGAGAGAGCUGCUUGCCAGGGUUCCAGAGAGACCGGCCGGCGCACCUUCAUUCCCCUCCACCUCAGGACCCGCCUCUGAGAGAUGGCCAGCCCAGGAGGUGACAGACCCAGCGGAGUGCGAGCUGGAUCUGGAGUGCACUGCAGAUCCCGAGCAGGACACCAGAACUACGCCAGAUCCCUGGAGUCGAUUCCAGCCCAUGGAGAUCAGCGACGUCUCGUCAGCGGGGGAAUCUGUAACUCCAGAUGAUCUGCCUACUCGCACAUCCACCCAGUGCCCAGCAGUGUCCCAGAUUGUCCCAGGAGAGGCAGGGCCGAGCAUCCCUGAGCCGGAGCGACAGCCCGGAGCAGAAUUGUCUGGACAGCGCAGCAGCCUGACACACAAGGAGGUGAGGAAGGAAGCGGACGUGCUUGGAUUUAGUCUGCACGACCUAAGCCGGGAAUCUCAGCACUGCAGCUUCCCCGCGUACCAGGAGCCCAAGUCCCUCAAUGCUGUGGCCACCAGUAUCUCCCCCAUCUCCCGAAGUUCCCUGACUGCUCACACAGGCACAGGAUCCCAAGAAGGCUCCCAGGCGGAGAGAGCCCGGAGCCCUCCUGCUCACUCCCGUGCCACGGACCCGACAUACGUGGCUCCCACCCUCCGCGAGCCAGCACCGGCUCCUCUGCGCAUGGAGGAGGGGGACGAGAUGGUGCUCAUGAGAAAAGCCUGCACAGGCAAGCGGAAGUAUAAGACUCCUGGCAAAGAGAUCAGCAUUGACGAGGACAGGGACGGGGGUCUCGCGUGCCACAGUUUGGAGAGCGCUUCCCCAAAGAGGAGCAAUCCAGUGAGGAGGGUGACACAACCCAAGAAGCCCCUGGUGAUGGAGACCAGACCAGAGCUGCCCACAGCUGCUGCCAGCCAAGGGUCAAGCCUGUGCUGGGAUAGAGAGGCCGUGACCAGGAGGUCAGAGGACAAGCAGGGAGCUGGACAUCACUCCAAUCCUGUAAAUACACACCGUGAUGGAAGUCCGUUUAUGUACAGCUACACACCAUCUGUCAGCAUUAUGAAAGCAGUGCGAUCCCUGAGGGUUUCUGAAAACUUCCUGAAGUGGUCAGUGCAGUAUCUUCUCAGCCCAGGUCCCGCAGUGACUGUGGACACGCGUAGAGAAUUGUCAAGCGACUGAAGGUGGUCACUGACAUUGUGGAGAGAGGUGUGGCUCCCAUUCAAGAGUUUAAUGCGAACAGGAGAGGAUGUUAGCUUUAUGUUAGCAGUGUAAGCUAUGCCCUGACUCCAGAAACUGUAGAUUUCUGACCUCUGUGAAAAUGCAAUAAAUUUUGAUUUCCUUGGAAUUUCA